GGUCCCCUGUGACACACUCAUGAAGGGCAUGAGAGGCCUGUUCUCCUCAAGGGCAGGGGAGCGUUGGUGCCCCGAGCGCUUUACUUCAGAGCGUUUUAAACUUUUGAAGCGUUUUUAAACGCGCCGCUGGCAGGUUCUGCCCUCCCAAGGACUAACAAAGCCGGCCAGCUGCGCUCUGCGCGGUCUUAGAGUUGAGCGGGGUUUGGUUUCUGUCUGCUCAAUAGGUGAAUUGUCAGGUCAGAGCUGGGGAGGAGCACGGGCAGCUUCACCGCUCUGCUUCUUCUUGGAAGGCGUAUGAAGCGAGACUUCUGAACUCAAUUUUCAUAGUUUAUUUAGUUUCACGUGGCUAUCCCAGAAAAUUGGAGACAGAUUUUCAAAAGUAUUCAGGCAUCGAACUCUAUUAAGAGCCUAUAAACCUCGCCUGGUGUCUAGUUCCAGCCAAAACAGUGAGCGGUCGGCAUCCCUUCAGUCAGUUCAGAAAACCAGCUGUUCCUAUCUUUUCACAUUCCAGUUCUCUUCCUCUUUAGUGACAGCGUGCACUUUUUUUACCCUUUUUAUUCCCCCCCAGCCUUUCUCCGUGAUUUUUUUCUUUCCCCUCCCCAGUGAAUCAUAGAAAUGACCAGACGGGUGUUUCCUCCCAGGCUUUAGGGUGUUUCUAGAGCCCGUUGGUGCCCUGGCUGUGCUGCCGGUGACACUGAUCUCUGCUGGGAGGGAGGGUGGCAGGUGGCCCUGGUUGUCACCGGGGCUGGGUGCCCCUUCCACUGCCGUCCCAUGGACCGAGAGAUCUGUGGCUGGGGAUGCUGAGGCAGCAUCCUCCUCUCUGGCUUCCAGCGCAGCGGGGAGGGCAGGAAGAAGAGGUUUGCUGGUGUGAUUUAGCUGAUCCGGGUUGUUCUGCCUCCCGUCCUCCCUCCCCAAGCACGAGGACCCUCCUGCCCAGGUCUGCGCCAACGGAGCUGCCGCCACCGGAGAUGCCGCCAUGGGCGAGACGGAGCCGCGCGGUGACCAGCCUGCCAAGGGACACGGCGACGAGCCCGUGCCGCCCCUGCUGCCGGCGCCCCCGCCCGGCAGCCUGCCCCCGUACCCCCCGUACUUCGAGGGCGCUCCCUUCCCGCAGCCGCUCUGGCUCCGGCACACCUACCACCAGUGGGUCCCGCAGCCGCCGCCACGGACUAUAAAGAGGACGAGGAGGCGUCUGGCGCGGAACAGGGACCCGGGCAGGCUCAUCAUGAGCACCAUCAGGCUGCGGCCGCGGCAGGUGCUCUGCGAGAAGUGUAAGAACACGCUGAACCCCGAGGAUGCCGGCGCCGCUCGGCAGAACGCUAAAACCAGGAGGAAGCUGAGCAUUCAGGACAAGGAGCAGAAAAAGCACAGCGACGCUGACUACACAGAGAAGAGGAACAAAAGAGAAAAGAGAGAGGAUGACAGAUUUACUGGGGAACUAGUGCAUCGAACGCCAGUUAUAAAAAUAUCCUACAGUACUCCGCAAGGGAAAGGCGAAGUGGUAAAAAUCCCUUCCCGGGUGCACGGCUCGGUCAGACCGUUCUGUGCGGAGCGAGCGCUGCAGAACGGAGGGGAGGACCAAGAGGAGGCCGGGGACUCCGAGCGCUGCCGGGAGCCCCGAUGUCCGCUGGACAAGUCCGCGGGCAGCCAGCUCGCCGCCAUUCCUAAACUGAAGCUCACACGGCCCCUGCAUUCCAGCGCGGACGUCCCGCCCCCAAAGAUACGGCUGAAGCCCCAUCGCAUAAACGAUGGUCAGAGUGUUUCAAUUUAUAAGGCAGAACUUAUUGAUGAGAUAAAUGUCCUUCAGAACAGCCGGGAGCCCAAUCCCGGCACGUUUUACAAUGAUGAAUCCACGGACAGAAGUUUAGCUGAGAUAUCUUCAGGGAGUUCAGGUGAAGAUGAGGACUUUAAACGGUUUCCCCAGGGUAAAGAUGGACAUGAUAACUUGGCUUUCCUUAUGAAUUAUCGAAAAAGAAAAGCAGAUUCUUCUAGUUUAUCGGUGUGUAGUAAUGACAGUCUAGACGAAUCCAAGUCUUCUAGUUCAGAAGUAACAUCACCAGAAAUAUGUGACUUUUUGCCUGGUGAUGAUGCGUCCGUCUCUUCAUCUUCAAAAGAUGAGCGUAAAAUCGUGCCACCACUAACAGUUAGACUGCAUACCCAAAGUGUGUCUAAAUGUGUCACGGAAGAUGGAAGAACUGUUUCGGUGGGGGACAUAGUUUGGGGUAAAAUUCAUGGUUUUCCAUGGUGGCCAGCACGCGUUCUUGACAUAAACCUUAGCCAGAAGGAGAACGGGGAACCUUCGUGGCGAGAAGCUAAAGUGUCGUGGUUUGGCUCUCCAACGACUUCAUUCUUAUCUGUUUCAAAACUUGCUCCUUUCUCUGAAUUUUUCAAACUGAGGUUUAAUCGCAAGAAGAAAGGGAUGUAUCGGAAAGCAAUCACAGAAGCUGCAAAGGCAGUAGAGCAUCUGACUCCAGAAAUAAGAGAUCUCUUAACGCAGUUUGAGACAUAACUUUGCCUCCAGUAUCAGGUAACCGAAGAGAAGAGCGCAGCUGUUGUGGAGGGUCCCGGAGGCGGUAACCACCCGACGUCUCCCCCGCGGCACGGCGGGACGGCGAGAUUCCUUGUCAGCUUGCACUGCUUUCCAUCUGGGACAGGUGACGGGCACCGGGACGCGGAGUUAGGAGGCUCUUCUGGCGUGAGGCUGGCAGGAAGGUCUUAACGAUACCUUACCCUAGAACAAAAAUUCGACAAGUCAUACAGCAAUGAACUAGGAGAACAGCAAACCCACAACUUGGAAUGUAUUUAUUACUUAAAAGUUAGCUAUUCUUGAUAAAAUCUCAAAAAUUAUUGCUGCUGCUUAUUUUACUUACAGAUUUCACACACUUGUUAAUUUUAAAGCUACCAAACUUUUACUCAGUACUGUACUCUGAGAAAUGUAAUUGGAGCAAGACAUGCAAUAGAAUGAAGUCAUUGUAGUGUCUUAAGUACAAUGGACUCACUUUUGUGUCUAUUAAAACUUGGAAAAUGUGCAACACACA